UUCUAGUCAUUCCAAGCGCUGACACCUUUGCUGACAUUGGAGAACCGGCCGUGAGUGACAUGGGAGGCCUUCAGUCUACUGGUGACGCGGAACUUGACCGCUGGAAGGCGCCUCUUGACGCCAUGUUUCCAGCAAAACAAUCAGAAGAUCGGAUGCAGAACGACUCGUUUUUGAAGCGUCUGUAUGAUACCGGCGAAAACGGGUUCGGAGAGCCAACCGUAGACGCCGUGCGCAAGCAGAAGGAGGACGAACUGGAGCAGUACAGGAAGAGCGCAUUUAAGCGGGAAAAGAGCACCAAAGACGAUAGAAGCAAAUCGAAGGAAAAGAAGGAGAAGGAAUGA